AUGGAUAAGGAAUUAAAUAUUCAGACCCCGGAAUCCAGUUUAGUAAGCCAAUCAUGGAUUGGAAGUGUCUUAUCCGUAUGGAACUGGGCUACUGGUGGUUGGUUCAGUUGGACUCGCCAGUCCGAUGAAAUGCUACGGAACAUUGAAAAAAGAAUAUUGUCAUGUUUGAAGACUACGUACAAACGGUUCUACGUGGACAUCGGCUCCGUGGUCGGGAGCAGCGACAAGAUAUGGACCAUAUCGUUAAACAACGAGUCACCGAAGACACCGCUGGUGAUGCUGCAUGGCAUGGGCGCUGGUGUCGCACUCUGGUGUCCGAACCUGGACGCGUUCGCCGCCACCAGGCCAGUGUACGCUAUGGAUUUGCUAGGUUUCGGUCGCAGCUCGCGUCCUAAGUUCGCCAGCAAUGCCGAGAAAGUGGAGUCCCAGUGGGUGGAGUCGGUAGAGGAGUGGCGGCGGGAACUUAACAUUAAUCAGAUGAUCCUACUCGGCCACAGCCUGGGAGGGUACAUCGCCACCGCCUACGCCAUGAGGUACCCGGAAAGAGUACGUCACCUAGUCUUGGCUGACGCGUGGGGUUUCCCCGAGAAACCUCAGAAUCCUUACGAGAAGUACCAGCUAGGUCUAUGGGUGCGUGGACUGGCGAUGGUCCUUCAGCCUUUAAACCCGCUGUGGGCUGUCCGCGCGGCCGGACCCGCUGGCAAAUGGCUUGUUAGCAAGACACGGCCAGAUCUGUCUAGGAAAUUCGCUAAUUACGUACCAGACUCGGAUACGGUCAUACCGGAGUAUAUAUACCAGUGCAACUCGCAGACGCCUAGCGGUGAAAGCGCAUUCCACUCCCUAAUGGACACAUUGGGAUGGGCGAAGAACCCCAUGGUGAGGCGGAUCGACAAAUUGGAUAAGGCUAUCCCAGUCACUGUCUUAUACGGUGCCCGCUCCUGGGUCGAGAAUUGCACGGAACAGGUGUUUUCUGAGCAGCGGCGAUCGAACAAAACUUACGUCCAGGUGAUCAACGGAGCCGGCCACCAUUUGUAUUUAGACAAACCAGACCUCUUCAACAAGUUUGUGCUAGAAGCUUGCUCGCGCGCAGACGAGUACGAUCCGCGCGACGCCAUAGCGACAUCUACCGAGAACGCAGUAGAAACAACUACUAAAGAAAUGAAAGCUACAGAAAGAAAUAAUGUUAGUGAUACAACAUCUGCCACUAACUCAACGCCUGCCUCUUGA